AUGACUUGCAUCGAGGAGUACAUGCGAUGGUUACCGACGGAGAAGAUCCCUCGACUGGGAACGGAAGGAGAGCGGUACCGGGACCGUCAGGUGGUUUAUCAGCUUCCCCGGCAGGACAUGUGUCUCGCCUACACUCGACACGUGGAGGCGGAACACCGGCGCUCCUUCGAAGACUUCGUCAAGGCUCGCAACGAGAUCGCCUCCGACUUCGCCAUCGUGAAACAUCCCAUCCCCACCUCCACCAAAUGUCCAGAGUGCGGUGAGAUAGUGAAAGCCGGGACCCUGGGCGUGAUAGCGCCGAAAUUUGGUGAAUCUGUGGCCUGGCACCCGUCCUGUUUCGUGUGUAGUGUGUGCAAGGAACUCCUCGUGGAUCUUGCCUACUGCCUCUACGAUGACCACAUUUACUGUGAACGCCAUUACGCCGAACAGCUUCGCCCCCGUUGUGCAGCCUGCGACGAGGUCAGACCCAUCUCCUGCUUCCCCUCAGAAUUACUUACUUCUCCACCGUUGGCACAGAUGUCGUGCAUGCCCCGUUGGUCCAAGAGUCCACUGAGUUUGCUCUACACGUGA